AUGCCACACAAGGACAAGGCAUGCCAAAUCCACGUUUACACCCGAGAAUGGAGAAUGAGAUCGAUGCAAAUGAAUCCAGACAGAAAAGGCACUGACAUGCAUAACACUCUCCACCCUCACUUGUGGCCUUCUGAUUGGUCGCAACCUGAGGGUAACGUUUUCGGUCCAAUCCAGUGGCUUCCAUUAGGUCCAUGUUGGUGUUUGACCCGGCUCACAUGCUCUGGUGCCUUUCAAUUUCAUGCACUGCUUGAGUCAUCUGGAAUGCUUCCCGCUAUUGAGAAUCGUCUCUUGGAACACUGUCAGAAAGAAAAUUGGUUGGGUAUGUUGGACCCUUCAGACCUUUCAUACCGUUCUUUGGCUUCUGCAAACGGUCAAUCGAUUUGGGGCACUUGGACUGCAGCAAACGACCGUACGCAAGUGUUUGAAGUGGCUUUUAUCGGGAUUAUUACGAAAGCGGAGUUGUCACCUUAUGGCAAUCAGCAUUCCGCUCCCUUCAACUCUUGGAGAGAGCAAGGUGUAAUGAGCACCAAGUUCCAACUCCAUGUGGGGAUGCCCCGUAGUGCCCCUGCCAGCAUCAAAUCGAAAUAUGCCGAUCAACUCAUUGCAUUGAACCGUAUUAAGAACGUGUCAGGGCUGGGACAUCACGUCCAAGGUGCAUACUAUGACCCAGUUGGAGUAGUUUCUAUUAAUGAGUUCUUCACAGAGUCUGUGGUCGAAAUUCAUGAUGACGAAUAUGGUUGGAACUACUUGGACAACGAGGAUGUGCCUUACUUUCAUCUGCAACACACUAUGUUCAAAGAAAACAGAGCUCCUGUUGCCAAGGAGAACAAAAAGAUUAGCGUCGUCGAUGCAUUCAACGAUGGUCCCUCGACUGCCAGGUCUUCUACGUUGGACAUGGUUGAGUCACCAUCGAUUUUCUCAAAGCCUGAGUGGGACCCUGAUGGCCACUUCCGCAGGGCGAUCCCUUCCACUGCCAGUCAGAGGGAGGUGGAAUUUCUCAUUGAGGUGGGGGCAUUCGAUCAGGACGGAGCUGAGAUUCCUCGCAAUAUGCUGGAACUCACUUUUCAAGAAGGAUUGGCAGUCAUUGGCACCGCUACGUUGCAUUUCUCACGCGCUCGUAAUACCGGUCGAGGGGAGAUCCGCUCUUUCCAGUGCCACUGGACGGCCAUUCAGAUUGUCGGUCAAACCAACCUGCUUUGCUCUGUGGACAACUCGCCUGUUAAAGCCGGGGCCAAACGCGUUGCUGAGGAUUUUCUCCAAAGUCCGAACAUCAAGAAGGGUCCUUUCUUCUCACAGAAAGAGUCCGGUAUGGAGGGAAUGGACACAGGGGAGGAGAAAGGAAAAGGGAAGAUGGCAAACGAUUGGGCUUAG